CCGAGAACCCACUCCCUUCCUGGAGCUCUGUGGGGGCUCAGCAAGAGUUACGUCUGGUAACUAUGUCUUUUCUACGUUGCUGUGAGCUGGACAAAAAGAGAAAACUUUCCUCUGUCAACUUUUCAGCUUGUCUUGAUACUGUAUAUGGUGCAAGAACAACUGCAUGUAGCAGCCUUCAGUGAGGGACUUUGGACCUCUGCUCAAGCUUUCCUAGAGGAAUAUACAGUAUUUCAGGCUGUGGGAAAAUGUACUGGCGAAACCAUAUUAGAAUUCUUUUCAUUGUGACUCUGAUCUGGCAGGCCAUUCAUUUAGGAAAAGGCCGUGAAAAAGAAGAACAUGAAAAAAAUGUGAAAAAUCUCAGCACCACAGCACAAAAGCAACAGCCUAAGAAUUCAUUGACAAUUAUAGAUGCUUUCAGUGACAUGAAUCAGAGUUACCAAAGCAGAAAGCAACAAGGUUCCAGGGAAUUUGUACCUUUCACUGGGAUUACAGAGAGUAAAAAUCUGAACAGGAACUGCUGCCAAAAUGGAGGGACCUGCAUCCUAGGGGCUUUCUGUGCAUGCCCAAAGCAUUUUAGUGGCCGGCACUGUGAACUAAGAAAGUGCGGCAGCAUUGCCCAUGGCGACUGGGUGAUGAAGGGCUGCUGGCUGUGUCGGUGUCUCUAUGGCACUCUGAAGUGCCUCUCUCAAAACUUGCAAGACAACUGUGAACUGAGAAGGGAAGAGGAAAUUAUCAGACUGUAUUCUAAUGGCCCAAGAUUACAGCAAACAAUGUCUGCACUGAUUUGCCUUCUCACCUUCCUCCUGGAGCUCUGCGGCUGGCAGUUGUGAAGCUGAACAGAAAGAUUAUAUCAGGGUUCCUGUAGCCUUUAACAUGAGUUGAACAACUCCUUCUUUAGUAAACUGCAGAAGACACUUACAUAUCUAAAGCAUAUUAUGAGGUGUUAGGUAAUGAUGAAAUGCUUGGUUUAUUAUAAAUACAGAUUAUAUAAACGUGAAGUAUUUAUUAUUUUAUUAUUAUUAUAUUGCUACUACCAGUGUCUAUUUCCAACAGUUCUUUAGUUUUAAAAUACUGUUCUUUCAGUGGAAGAAAAUAACUAAAA